AUGCUGAGACCGGUUGCUCUAUCAGUAUUCCCGUCCUGUCGAGAGGCCAUAUCUUGGUCGGCAGACGGCGAGAUCGCUAUUGCGGCUGGUGACCACUUUCAAAUUCUGACACCAACAAGUAUUAAAGAUGCAAAAGCUUCCAGUUCGGAGCCAGAGUGGACCGUGACUCGUGUGCGAGCUAAUCUAUUCACGAAUGCCGAAUGGCCCGCUUUCCUCCCUGGAGAUCGGGAUCAAUUUUCAAUCGCGGCAGAGCAGUCAAUAGCCAGUAUCAUUGCUUUGGCUUGGUCACCAGCAGGGCUAGGCAAAUAUCGGCGUUGUGUGCUGUUGGUGCUGACAUCCAAUCUUGUGCUAUCCAUCUGGGAACCUCUUGGUCUGCAACAAAAGUGGACGCGAGUCGGAAUUGUCAACCACGCAUUUUGGCCACAACCUGAACAUUCCCAGGACCCCACGGACCAUGGAUUCCGGAAGACUGACAUCCGAUCUUUUACCUGGUGUGAUCCCCCGAAGGCUUCGAUAUCAACGUCUGAAGGAUCUUCCACUCUACCUGCACUCGAAACCCGAUGGGGGGCCUCUCUACUGGCUGUUGUCAAUGACUUAAAUGAGAUCAGCUUGAUACAAUUUUGCAGAACAACUCCAGCCGAUGCCUCUUCAAGACAUUAUGAGCUUCAAAUCUUGGCGACCCACAUCCUCGAGAACCCGGAACGUGAAAACAAUCUAGUUUGCCCAGGGUCUCUCUUCGAGAAAGCUAUGAGGGAAAGAGAGCGGACUACCUCUCUAUCUUGUGGUCCGUGGAUGAGCCCGAGUAACGAGCCUCUUGGAAACUCUGACCGCCACGUUGCCAUGAUAGCUGCAGCAUGCGGAACACAACUGCGACUUCUCAAAGUUGAAGCCAUUUUUGAAUCAUCGAACCAAAACAACAUACAGCAGUGCACAUUGUCAGCAAGCAUGGAAGAGCAUCCCAUAGAGCAGUCAAAUGAGGGCUGGGCUCAGAAUAACGUCACUGGGCCCCUUCGAUGGCUUCACACGAAGUCGUCCACAACCAUGACUCUAGCUGUAGGCAUUAUGGCCGGCCUCAUCACCAUCACAAUGUCUCGCACUAUGUAUAGCGCCAGCAGUUUCAAUCUCGGUGACUUGAAAGUGCGGGAAUGGCCGAUCUACGAGCCAGAAGACGAUGACGACCCUGAUCUCAAGGAAAGACAUCUGGAGCCAAUCUAUGGGAUGCUUCCAGCAAGGAACGAACGAGGCGACGCUUGCAAACUUCACUUGGGUACACUUGGCGGGGUUGGACUCGCCACUGAAUUGAACCAAAUUCAAACUGGCGGUGAACUGCAGCAACCGCAGUGGAAACGCAUGCUCGAUGAAUUUCAGGAACAGUAUGACUUAGACCAUGAUAUUGGGGGAAUGUUAACAUCGAGAAUUUGGGGACUGGCCACCUACCGAGGAAUCACAGCAGCCAUUUUCACCAACCACCCAACGGACAUGGUGGAGUAUCGAGUUUCUUCUGAUGAUGUCUCUACGCUUGUCUUUUCCGAGGAAUUUGGGCGCAUUCCAAAUACCCGAGCCGUGUUCACUCCACGAGCGCCUGAUGGUCAAAUCCCUGGCCACGAUCGUGUCGGGGGAGGUGAUAUCGUCGACCCAGACGAAGAAACCCAACGACUAAUCUAUGUUGUUGCUUGUCGUGCCAUUGUGGGCGAAAGCGACAAGACGCUUCGGGCCUACGCUCAACGCUCUCUGGAGCGUUUGGCAAUAGUGACAGGCGCGGACCUGACCGAAGAAAUUGGUAAAUGUCAUGGGCCCCCUUCUUUGAUAGCUGCAAAAUCCGCAGAUCAUCUUUCCGGGCCCGGGGGUCACGUUUACGAGAAGUGCGAAGUUUGCGAUGCAGGGAUUGGGUGGUGCUCGGCCCAGCAGGCGCGGUGUUCCGAAGGCCACAUCUGGCGACGAUGCGGGGUGUCUUUCCUUGCCAUCCAAGAGCCUGGGAUAUCCAAGUAUUGCUCAUUCUGUGGGACGGAAGCGCUCGACGAGGAACGUGUGGCUUCCACGCCCGGUCACGACCUGGGAAAGACAACCAUAGGUCUCUUUCAAACAUUUGAUACCUGUCUGUACUGCGCAGGGAAAUUCCAGGCAACCUAUUAG